GAUAAAACAACAUAUCUUUGAAUGUAUAAUAAUUAUUAUUUACCAAAGUAUACCUAAAUGCUUUAGUUUUAAAUUUUUAUUUGUAGAAAUUGGCGAAUAAGCACCGAUUUUUAAAGAUACAAAAAUAAAUUUAAUUCGGAUGGACCCAGCACUUCAGUACAAAACUUUAAAAACAUCAUUUUACAAUGCCUUGAGGUCAAAUGACACCCACAGUCUUUCCAAUCUACUUGAAACGACUGGAAUUGAGCCUGCCAAUUUAGUGUCCCUAUUAUCAGAAACGUAUGAGGAAGCUAAAUUGAAAAAUAUCCCAUUAUCCCAAGAUAUUCAGUCUAUGGCUGAGUAUAAAUUGCUGGAUCUUCAAUUUAUUAGUGGAAUACGUAAUGAACCAUGUGACGACUUCAGAACUUCAUUUACACAAAUUACGGAUCACCUUAAUUUUAUAUAUAGCACAACACGUAUCAGUUUUGAAAAGAAGACUCGAAUAUUCUUAUGAUACAAUCCCGUGGGAAGAAAUGCAAUUUUGUUUGGCUAUGUAUGUGCAUAUUUUGAUUAAACCAGAACACUCCGAUAUUAUUUAUAAACUUAUAUUAAAAAAAGAUAGAAUUUUAAACUACUUAACACACUUUUAUGAAGAACUUGAAAAAAUAAAUAAACAAAUCACUGAAACUGAUUUAAAGCGUAAAAGAAGUUUUGACAGGAAUUAUUUAAAGGACUGUGUUCUGAAAAAAUCACCAAAAUUUGGAGAUUUAUACGCUGAUUUCACGUUACUAAAAGACAUUUAUUCUUUAAAUAAAAUUGAUAGUUACAUUGCAAAAGCAUUAAGAGUUAGUUUUAAAGAAGAUAAUGUCAUAAUUGGACAAUUAGUUAUUGAAAGAACUCUUCAAGUCAUGGGAGAAUACUUCAAAAAUACUCCAGAUUCUCCAAAUUUGUCCGAUAAUUUAUACAAAAUGUUAUUGAAAUCAUCACCAAGAAAUCUGAAAACUGUUUUAGCAAAUUUACGAAAUAUGCUAUCACAUUCAUUUUCGUUGACCAGAAAAUUAGAAUUAGAAAACUCAAAAGAUCCAGAAGUUUUUGAGAAAGUUCAAAUCGACUUAAGAAAAAUUCAAAUAGAUGUCAUUUAUUUUUUGUAUAAACAAAAAAUUGCCGCAGUUAAAAGGUUUUUGAGGAGUUUCUUAAAUAUGGAAGAUAUUAAAGACUUAGGAGUUAUUUUAAACCACAGUAAUAUUGAAGCUAUUGAAGAAAUAAUUGAUUAUUCAAUAAAUAUAGAAGAGUUUUUGAAAGUUAAGGGUCUUAUCGAUUUGUUUUGUCAAAAAAUAUCAGAAGAAAGUUGUGAUUAUUUUGAAGAAAUUGAAGACAUUCGAAAUUCUCUCAAAACCUACGAAUCGAAAGUUAUAAAUGUUUCAUCUUCAUAUGCAGAAGUACUCAAAAAAGUCUGGGAACUAAUUAACAUUAAAAAAGAUUUAAAUGUUAUUAAAAAUAUGAUCCGUACGUAUCUGAGUUUACUAUCAAAUUCUGAGCCAAAAAAUUUAUACAAAGAUGUGUAUUUGAAAAUUCUUCAUAUUCAAGAUGAUUUGCAAAUGAAAAGAGAUUUUAUCAAAGAAAAUAUUUUAAAUCCAGAUGAAAAAAUCGUCAAAAUAAACAACAUUAUUAUAGAAAUUCAAGGCUACAUUAAAUUGCGACUACGCAGAAUGAAAUGGAUUGAAGAAAUGGAAGAUGAUUUAAGUUUGAAAGAAGAUGAAAUUAUUGAAAAAUAUAAUGAGGCUGACCAGAUAUUUGGAAUCGUUGUAAAUAAACUAGAGACAAUUCAAGAUAAAAAUGUUGUUCAAAAAGCAAUAGAAAUCUCACGAAAACGCCAUAGUCUUAAAAAUGAACUUCAAAUUGAUUCAUAUGAAGAUAUGACAAAUGACGUAUUUACCAGCAAAGUAUCGUUUUUGAAUUUAAGUGUAAAACGACAAAAGGAAAUAUUAUAUAACUUCGAAAAGAAAAAAAUUGAUAAGCUUAAAUUGAUGAUAAAAGAAAUAGAUGAUAAUUAUGGAGCCUUUUUGAAGAAGCUUGGUGAUAUGUUUCCUUUGGUUAAAUAUCUAAACCCCAUAAAGGCAUUUUAUGAGAGUUUCAAGUUUAAAAAUUCUUUGAAGAGAAAAAUAGAUAAAGCUAUUGAUGAAGCUAUCGAUGAAAAAAUUAUUAAUUCUUAUAGGGAAAGACUCAAUAGACUACAAACAAUUUUAAUUUAUGCUCGAAAAAAUAGAAAUGAUGAUUUAUUAAUGGCCUCGUUGGAAAUGUUAGUUCUGGAUUUGAUGGAGUUUUUGGCAAAUGUUAAGUUGUUGGGUGACAACAAAUUUUUAUCUGUAAACGCUUCAUCCAUUUUAAUGGGAAAGCAAUUGAGAAAUUUUUUGGCUCAUGGUGAUAUUUUAACAGACUUGUCAUUCUAUAAUAACAAGAUUAGUCUUAUGUUUCAUGCAGAAAAGCUAGUUCAAGCCACUGAAACUAUUUUAAGCAGAAAAAAUAUUGUGGUGGGAUAUAAGGCAAAUGAUGUUGGCAUCGGUUUUCAAAUUUAUUUUCAACAAUGUCAAAAUGUCAUAAGAAUUCAGGCAAAAUUGUUUAAAUUAGCAAAAAAUUAUGCUUUUGGAGAACUCAAACAAAUAUUAGAGGAUGGUGCAGAUAUGUUUGGCCGUUCAUUCGACAACUGGAAUAUAUUGAACUUUGCAAUUAAAGAAAAAAAUUAUUUAUUAUUCAAAAAUGUAAUGAACUAUUUUGAUUACAACAAUACCAAAGAAAUCGUUGAAGCCUUAAAAUUUGCAAUUGGAGAAGGCAAUUUGAAUGUAACGCAAUGUUUAGUUAAUAAUUUGCCAUUGGAUUUAAUUUGUAAAAUUAAAAAUGAAACAACAUUUCUUAAUACAGCACUAAUGCGUGGUCAAAAACAUGUUGCUGAAUUUUUAAUUGAAAUAGGACUUAAACUAGAUGUUAAAGACUUGCUAUAUGCCUCAGAAAAUGGAUAUGUUGAAAUAGUGCAAAUGUUAAUUCACGAUAACGAUGAAAAGAUCUACGAUUAUUUCCGUCCAUUGAAACUGGCAGUGAAAAAUGGUCAUUUUACAGUAACUAAAAUUUUAUUGAAUUUUGUCAAAAAUCAACCGGAUAGAAUUGCGCUUUUCAAUAUUGCAGCUCAAUAUAGUCAUCUAAAUCUGUUGAAAUAUUUUUUAAAAAACAAUAAACAUUCUAAUGAUGAUUUAACAGAAGCCAUAGAUAUAGCAACGCAGCAUGGCAACUUACAAAUAAUACAAUUUUUGUUAAAAACCUCCAAUAUCAAAACUUCACUAAAUUUCAUUUACCUAACAGCUUCACAAUACGGACAUUUGAACAUUAUAAAAUGGCUAAUUGAAAAAAAUAUUGAUAUAAAUGUUGGAGAUAACGAUGGUAAAACUGCGCUACAUUUAGCAUCGCAAUGUGGGCAUUACAGCGUUGUCCAACAAUUGCUUCAACAUAAAAUUAAUCCAAGUAUCCAAGAUAACUCCGGAUGGUCAAGUUUGCACUGGGCUUCAAACAAUAAACAUAUUAAAAUCAUAAAAUUGCUAAUUGAAAAUAACAUUAACGUGUUAGCACAAGAUAAACAAGGACAAACUGCUUUUCAUUUAGCAGUAGCAAAUGGCGAUAUGGAUGUUUUAACUGUUUUAUUUAAAACUGAAAUAAAACUUAUGGCCGUAACCAAUAACAAAGGGCAAACGGCUUUACAUUUGGCUGCACAAUAUGGCCAUAUUAAUAUUGUUGAAAUGCUAAUUGAAUCUGUUAAUAUUAAUGCUAAAAACAUUAAUGACGAGACUCCUUUAAUUGUCGCUACUGACAAUGGUCAUAAUGAUGUAGUGAUAACAUUAUUAAAGCAUAAAGCGGAGACCUCAUGUAAAACUAGAAAAGAAGGAUAUUCUCCAAUAACAAUCGCAUCAUCUCAUGGGCACCUAGAUAUACUAAAUAGUCUUAUUAAAUUUAAAGCAAAUAUCGAAACUGAGGAACAUAGUGGGUGGCGAGCUAUCCAUAGAGCCGUACAAAACGGAUAUGUUGAUAUAUUUAACGCCUUACUGAAGCAAAAUGUUAAUAUUAAUGCUGAAUUCAAUCAUGGAGGAACAGCAUUACAUACUGUUAUGCGUAAUGGACAUGUUGAAAUAGCAAAAAAAUUAGUUACACAUGGAGCAGACAUAAAUGCUUUAUUUUUUGGUAAUAUGUUACCAUUACGUAUUGCCGCACACUUUGGUCAUAAAAGUAUUGCAGAACUACUAUUAGUAAAUGGCGCUAAAGUGGAUGAUCUUGGGAAUGAUAAAAUAACUCCGCUUCAUACUGCAUGCUUCAAUGGUCAUUUAGAGGUGGUCAAGUUACUUAUACAACAUGCUGCAAAUUUAAAUUUGAAAAACAAUGAAGAGUGGACUGCAUUACAUUUUGCUGUGAAAUAUGGAUUCAUUGAAAUCGUUUCAAUAUUGCUGGAAAAUUCAGCUGAUAUGUAUGCUGAAAAUAAUUUCUAUGCUAAAGGUUUUCAUAUAGCUUGUGAAGCAGGGCAUAAUAAUAUCGUUAAAAUGUUUCUUAACAAAUACAAAAUGGACGUAAACGUUAGAGGGGGAACCGGAGUUAGCGGAUUACACUGGGCAAGUGCUAACAAUCGUAAUGAUGUUUUGAAUACCUUGAUAAGUCAUGGCGCUGAUGUUAAUCUUAGAGCUAAUGAUGGUUCUACACCAUUACAUUGGGCGGUGGACCACCUUGGCUCUGUGAACAUUAUAAAAACACUUAUUAAAAAUAAUGCCUUAGUGAAUAUUCAGGAGUGUAAAGGUGCUAGUCCUUUACAUUUAGCAUCAUUUAAAGGUAAAUUAGAAGCUGUAGAAGAAUUAAUUAAACACCAGGCUGAGGUUAAUUUAGAAAGUAGAAAUACAUCCCCGUUACACUUAGCAGUAGCUCAUGGUCAUUACAAAAUAGUUCAUCUAUUAUUAAAAUUUAAGGCAAAUGUGAAUAGUGCUAGUUCAAACAACAAAACUAGUCUUCGUAUAGCUCUUGAAAAAGGAUAUACAGAUAUAGCUCAACUCUUAAUCCAAAAUAACGCUUAUGUUAAUCUUAGAGAUAUAGAUGGUUUUGAUGCUCUACAUUCUGCAGCUCAAUAA